AUGGGAGUACCAGAGGAAUUGCAAGAGAGCGACAAUGGCAGAAGCAUGGUCGACUCUUCUGGAUCAGACUAUGACUCGGAGCUUCCACCGCUCCGAUCAACUACCAAGCGCAAAUUGAUGGCCAAGGUCGACUGGCACAUCUUGCCGUGCUUAUGUGUUCUGUACCUGCUUGCAUUUUUGGACCGGGUCAAUGUCAGCAAUGCUGCCAUCCUCGGUCUUAAGACAGACUUGAAUAUUGUAUCGGGAACGAAAUACAACACCGCUUUGACGAUCUUCUUCGUUCCUUACAUUAUCUGCGAGAUUCCAUCCAAUAUACUGCUGAAGAAGCUUAAACCACAUGUUUGGUUGUCGGUGUGUAUGUUCGGAUUUGGCCUCAUCAUGAUUAUCCAAGGCUUCGUAACAAGCUGGGGUGGACUUAUGACAACGCGAUUCUUCCUUGGAGUCUUUGAGUGUGGCAUGUUUCCUGGAUGCUUCUACUUGAUGGGAAUGUGGUACCAGCGUGAUGAGGCCCAAAAGCGUUUCAGUUUCUUCUUCAGCUCAACCACUCUUGCCGGUGCCUUCGGUGGUCUGCUGGCAUACGGUAUUUCGCAGAUGGAUGGAAUUCGUGGAUACAAGGGCUGGCGCUGGGUAUUUAUCCUAGAGGGUCUGCUGACUUGCGUGGUCGCCAUUGUCUGGUUUUUCAUCUUGCCAGAUUUCCCCGAAGAUGUCAAGUGGUUGACUGAUGAAGAGCGAGAUUACAUUCAGGCGAAGCUGGCCAAGGAUGUUGGCAAGUCCGCCCGCCAAGCUAAGAUGGGAUGGCGUGAAGUUUUGGCCGUUUUCAAGGACUACAAAAUCAUUCUGGGUGGUUUCAUGUACUUCGGCUUGAUCGUUCCAGCCUACGCAUACGCCUACUUUGCACCGUCCAUCAUCCAGAGCUAUGGAUACAGCUCGGUCAAGACUCAGCUAUACUCCAUUGCGCCCUGGGCAGCGGCCUUUGCCUUUUCUAUGUUCAUUGCUUUCAUUUCUGAUCGCUUGAAGCACCGAUUUGUAUUCACUCUGAUUCCCAUUUUCGUUUCCAUUGCUGGAUUCGCUAUCCUACUCUGUGUCCACGGGACGGCACACCGGUCUGUCGAGUACGGUGCGCUUUUCUUGAUCACCAGCGGUGCGUAUAGCGCCAUGCCUGUUAUCGUCUGCUGGUUCUCCAUGAACCUUGGAGGCCAUCAGCGGAAAAGUGUUGGAUCAGCCUGGCAGGUGGGAUUCGGCAAUAUCGGUGGUAUCAUCGCCACAUAUUCCUUCCUUGCAAAGGAUGCACCCUAUUACAAGCCAGGAUUCAUUAUUUCCAUCUCUUUCUGCUGCUUGGCAAUUUUGUCAUGUGUUCUCUACUUCCUCGCUAUUUUGGCAGAGAACCGAAAGCGUAUGAACGCUCCUCUCAUUAACCAAAAUAGCAACUCUGAGGAGAAUACGGAAGAGUUAUUGGGUGAUCUGGCACCGUCUUACCGCUACCAGUACUAG